AUGGCACUGUCGGCUCCAAGCUGGGAGGAGCUUCAGGAGGUGCUGCUGGCAGGCGCGGGCUCGCCGCUGGUGCCGCGGUACCGCGCGCUCUUCUCCGUGAAAACGCAGGCCCCCAGCGGAGAAGCGGCGGCACGGCUGCUGGGUGAGGCAUUGCCGUUGCAGAAGGAUUCGGUGCUGCUGAGACAUGAGGCCGCCUACGUUUUGGGGCAGCUGGGGAAUGCCUCGGCCUUGCCGUUGCUGCAGCAGAUCUUGCUGGAUGAGUCAGAGGAUGAGAUCGUGCGCCAUGAGGCUGUAGAGGCGGUGGCCGCCCUGAAUGCCGGCGAGGCAGAGCGGGCGCUGGCCUUUUUGCAGGCCAACACUGGCUCCGAGUCACUGCGGCACACCUGCGAGCUGGCGCGAGCAGGAUUGGAGCACGCACCUGGAGCGCCGGUCUGCGCAUGUCAGUACACAUCCAAGGACCCGGCGGAGGGCCUGGCGGAUGCCGGCGGCAAGGACAUUCCCUGGGCUGCGCAACAGCUGGCGGACGCCGAGCUGCCACUCUACGAGCGCUACCGGGGCAUGUUUACUCUUCGCAACGUUGGAGGCAGAGAUGCUGUGAGGGCAUUGGCCGAGAUGCUGCUAUCCGACCGCUCCAGCGCUGUGCUGCGCCAUGAGGUGGCCUUUGUCCUGGGGCAGAUGGCUGACGAUAUGGCGACACAGGCGCUGGUAGAUGCAUUGGCAUGCGAAGAAGAGCAUGGCAUGGUGCGGCAUGAGGCAGGGAGGGGGAAAACGGAUGGCGCACGGAUGGCGCGGUGA